AUGAAAUCAUCAUCAUCACCUUUAUCAUCAGUUCCAAUUCCAACACCAACCAAAUUUGAUGAUAAAUUUGGAAGUGUAAGUGAAUCUUAUAAAAUUUUUAGACCAACAUACAAUGAUGAAUUAUAUUCAAUUAUUGAUUCAUAUUGUGAUGAAAAAAGAGAUCUUGCAAUUGAUGUUGGUGCUGGUAGUGGUCAAGCAACUGUUAGAUUAGCAAAAUACUUUAAAAAAGUUAUUGGUAACUAA